UUGGAUGAAGCAGCCCAUCAUCUGGAACGUCACUUGAUGUUUCGUCAGUUUUUCGAUCUUGAUAAUGUGGAAAACCUCAAAGACAAUAAACUUCUUAAACAAUAUUUCCCUCUCGGUCUCGUAGGAAAAACGGGCAAAAAUAAUCAUUUGUUGGUCGUGGAAUGCGCAGGUCGAAUCGACCUGCAUGGCAUACUUAAAACCAUCCAGUUGAAUGAAUUCUUAUCGCAGAGAUUGAAAUUUCAAGAAAUGAUGCUUGAUGAAAUAAACAAAAUGGAACAGGAAAAUAAAUCGCAGUGUUCCGUCAUAUACAUAUUGGAUCUCGAAGGAUUGAAGCUGGAUUCUAGCUUAUUAAGCGUCGUCACAGGCCCUUAUCACACAUUAUGGAAUUUAGUUUAUACAAAUUAUCCAGAAUGGGUUGAAACUUUAUUUAUAGUAAAUGCACCCGCAUUCAUAUCUAUAAUUUGGAAAGCGAUAGGACCGCUUAUGCCUGAAAGAACACGUAACAAAGUACAAAUAUUUACACGAACAAAAGAAAGCCUGCAGAGUCACUGCGACUUGAAAUAUGUGCCUAAACACUGGGGAGGUGAAUUGACUGAUUCAAACGGUGAUCCAAUGUGCAGAGACCGUAUACUAAUUCCAACGAAGUCAAUACCUACAAAUCUAUAUUGGCAACCAGAUAAAAUGUCACCCUGGAUCGAUAAGCUGGAAUCUAUGACAAUAAAUGCGGGUCGAUUCAAAAUUGUCACUAUAAAAGUGUCGCCAACAAACGAAAAAAUUUUUCUCGCACUCAACAGAUUUGGAGAACGAUCAUAUUCAAUUGCUAUAUAUCACAGCAAAGAUUUGAAGGAUAUGAACGAGUGGAUACCUACAUUUCUUUAUCCACCGAUGCCUACUGUUGAUCUGCUCAAAGUUGUUUCUCUUGGACCGGGCAUUUACAAAUUUCGAUUUGGAAAUGAAGAUUCGUGGUUUCGAUCGGUAAAAUUAUACUAUAGAAUACGAUUCCUUAACGAACAUGACGAUGAAAUUCAUUGGGAACAAGUCAACAGUUAA